AUAUUUCAGGUUCACGAUCAUCAGCGCGGUUUCGUGGGAGCCGCGGCGGCGAGUCCACUCACCAGUCGCUCAAACCAGUCUCGCGCCCUGGCCAGCCCCUCGUCCGUCGACCGCGUUCGUCGCCUCCGAGUCCGCGUCCUAGUGUUUCCCAGCUCCCUCUUUGUGCUUACGCUUUUCGCCCCAUCCCGAACCCUCGCCUACCAUGGGAUUCUGAGACAUUCCAACCGCGCGGAACCCAGGAACCCAUACGUCUGUGCUACCCAGUGAUCAUGUCCGCGAUGAAGUGCUCUCCCGCCACUCGGAAUUAAGCUCCUCUAUUUUGAGACUCUGUUUUUAACUUCCGCCAAUCAUCGGAAAUUCUGCGGGGAAGAGCACAUCAAGAUGGUAGCUUCUCCUGGUGAGAGGGACGUGGCGGUUCGCGUUGAAAAGGCUUUCAAAAGCUACGGCUCCUCUCAUGUUCUCAAAGGACUCGACCUCACAGUUCUAGAAGGAACCAUAUAUGGACUUUUGGGGCCUAGCGGCUGUGGUAAAACAACUCUUCUUAGUUGCAUAAUAGGAAGAAGUCGACUUGAUGAUGGAUCCGUACGACUAAAAGCCAGAAGACUUAAAGAUGUCGGAUUCAUGCCACAGGAGCUGGCCCUCCACUUCCAGCUGAGCAUGCAAGAGGUGUUCACCUACUAUGGCUACGUUUUCGGGCUCAGCGACCGUGAAAUUCGAUUUCGAGUCGACACUCUGGUUCAGAUGCUUCAACUUCCACCUAUUACAAGGCUUAUCUCAGAUCUCAGUGGUGGACAGCAAAGGAGAGUCUCUCUAGCCGUAGCUUUACUUCACAAUCCAUCUCUUCUGAUUUUAGACGAACCUACGGUGGGUCUGGAUCCGGUCCUGAGUAAAAGUAUAUGGGAAAGACUAGUCGAAAUGGCAAAGGAAGGAAAAACAAUAAUAAUUACAACUCACUAUAUAGAAGAAGCAAGACAAGCACACACGAUUGGUCUAAUGCGGUAUGGCAAGCUCCUAGCAGAAGACAGUCCGAACAAAUUAUUAGAAGAUCAUAACACGAAUAAUUUGGAGGAUGUCUUUUUAGCUUUAUGUCGACGGGAUGAAGCUGCUAAAGAAUUCAAAUGGGAUUCUAGUUUUUUCUCCCGAGGAGCUGCAAAACCAACCAUGCCACUACAAAACAAUAGUAAUUUUAAUACAUCUAGGUUUAAGGCACAAUUUUUAAAGAAUAUCUACUUGCUGAUGAGGAAUAUACCAAUGUUACUUUUUACUUUCAUGUUACCAAUUAUUGUGAGCGUAUUUUUCUCGUUAGCCGUUGGUCACGACCCACGACAUUUGGCUUUUGGCGUGGUCAACAGUGAGCUUGACAAUAGUUUAAUCAAUUGCCCGAAGGUGUAUCCUACAGACCGGUGUAUAUUUGAAGACAAUAUCACCAUCAGCUGUGCGUUCAUCAAAGAAAUACAAGGACGAGACUACAGAUUGCACGAAUAUUCAAAUUUAGACAACGCGAUUCUGGACUAUCGAACCGGAAAAACAUACGGAUUGAUUCAUUUCGGCUCGAACUACACGGAAGCUGUGCAAGAAAGAGUCAAACUCCAAAAAGACGCAUCGAACUUGGCGAUCGAGCAGAGUUUUGCCGAUCUAUGGCUGGACAGCUCUAAUUUACAUGUUCUCUAUCAGAUGCAGCGAGAUUUCUAUAACGGAAUCAAGGCGGCUUUCAAGAAAAUAUUGAAACCCUGCGCAAACGAAUCUGAGACUGCGGCUGAGUCACUGAGGCUACCUAUCACGAUGGAACGACCGGUUUUCGGAAGUUACGAUUAUGAUUUCUCGACGUUCUGUACGCCAGGUUUAGUAAUAAUAGCCGUGUUUUAUCUACCCACAGUUUUUACGACUGGAAUCAUCGGUGAAGAAAAAGAGAGUGGGGUGAUGGAGCGAGUCAUGAGCUCAGGUAUUACUUUUCUGGAGGUUGCGUUGUCCCACGUAAUAGUUCAAAUGACCAUUUUGGUCAUACAAAUCGUGGAAUUAUUGGCCAUCAUAUUCUUUGUUUUUGGUCAGCCGUUUAAAGGUGACCCCACCCUGGCAUUUGCAUUGCUCGUUGUAGUAGGAAGUCAAGGAAUGUUGUUUGGAAUAAUAUUGUCGAUUACUUCAAAAAAUCUGACUGCUGCUGGAUUCGCUGGCAUUGGAAGCAACUUCUUACUCAUGUUAAUUUGUGGAUUCUUUUGGGCCCUGGAAGGAGCCCACUACAGCAUUCAACUUUUUAACCGAUUAGUUCCUCUGACUCAACCAAUUAUCUCAUUCCGAGCUAUCACCAUGAGGUAUUCCAACAUUUUCGCCCCUGAAAUAUUCAAAGGUUUUGUCAGUGCAAUGAUAUGGAAUGUGAUAUUCCUCGUGUUCAUCUACCUGUUCAUGAAACUUCGCAAGGACUUGUGGAAAGUCAAAGGCUGAUUUUGAUCAAAUAUAUGAAUUGAAACAAGUGCUCAACAUCACUGAUUCAUCUUAAGCGAGAGAGUAUUUAUUCACUCUGGGUUUUGCAAUUUUUAAUGACGCAGACUGUACAGUGGACCUAAACCUAACUGUACCUAUUUAUUUUUUAAGUAUUUAUUGUUCUUUGUACAUUUUAUGGCACACCUAUCCAUAGAAAAUUAAGACUUUUAUAUUGUUAGAAAGAUUACCAGUUUUUAGGAAAAUAGAUUAUUUGUUGAUAAA